AUGUCUUCCCUCUGUAAAAUGCCGGAUCUUGUGAAAGAGGAAAUCGUAAAAUUUUGUGGUUUUAGAGAAGUACUAACUCUCCGCCAAGUUUGUCAAGAUUUCAAGAACUUCAUCGAUGAUCUGAAAGCAUCAAAGCUUCCGGAUUCAAAAUUUGAAAACGUUCAAAUUAUAGUGAAAGACGAAAAUCACAUUCGAUUAACUUUAUUCCCAUAUGCAUUUAUCGAUUAUUUUCGGAAGGAAAAAACCAGAAAAUUCGGGAAGAAAACCACAAUUUUCGAGGAUCAGGAUAUUAUGGAUAUUGUCAUUUUUGAUUUGGAGCAAGUGCUGAAAUUUCAAAAAUCUUCCAAAAAAUUACAGAUUUCGGCAUUUAAACAAGCACAGGUGAUGUCAAUUUUGCCACUGUUGAACCCCAAAGUUUUGGAAGAAAUUAACAUUGAAAAUCCUGAAAUUUCACAGCAUGAAGGACAUGAUUCAUUGGGAAUGGAGCAAAUAAUGGAGACUGAGCAAUGGAAAAACGCGAAAAAAUUGAAUUGCGACUACUUUGCUUUGGGUGGAAAUGUCAAAAAAAUUGCUCAUUUUUCAAUUGCUAGAAUUUCGUUUACAUCGGUUUCCGUUCGAAAUUUGGAUAUUUUGAGAAAGGCAUUGUUAAAUUUCUCUUUAUUUGAAAUUAGCAAUAUCAGUAUAAAAUUUCUUCUGGAACACCAUCAACUUUCAAUUUUAUGGGGAGCUCCGUACUUCUCUGGUUUUUUUAUCGGUUGGUUUUUUAAAAUGAGCAAUGGAGAUGUUAUGAAGAUUGAUUAUGAACCUGGUUUUUUCCGAAAUCCAGCAAAUUUCGAAUUUUCGAAAAUCAAAAUUGAAGACGUUCCAGUUGAUGCCAAUGUGCAGGAGCUUCCAAUGGAAAACUGCUAA